CAUGCGCCUAAUGGCCAAAAUCCAUUGAGUGUUGAAAUUGAUAGCAAAGUGAUGUACGCGGCGUUCCAAAGCUGUCAUAGACAAAAAACGAAGCAUCCAAGAAAGCUAGCCAGCUAGCAAGCUAGCGAGAGCUAGUAUCAGGAGUAUGAGACCGAAUAUAUCUGUUUACCGUGCACCUCCAGACAGAGAAGCUCCCUUUUCCCGGUACUUCGCGCAGCCAUCUGUCCUUCAACCUUUAUGGAGCAAUGUGCCCCGUUCGCCACCAAAUCUCGCAAAUGUCUCGUGCUAUCAGCUUCAACAGCCGCACCAUUUGAAUCCUAACGCAACACGUACUCACCAGCAGCCGCAGUCGAUGCCGCAAUUGAAUGCACUUUACAACAAUGUCCCGCCACCUCAAAUUCAUCAUAGUACAGCCAAUGGCCAUUUUGCGCUGCCGCCACUGGUUAAUCAGCAGCGCGUGAAUGAGUGCGCUGGCAUACCUCUUAUAUCGAAUUCUUGCAGUCAUCUAACGCCAUCGCAGCGCCAGCGAAUGUUGCGAAAGGCGACGCAUUCGCCUAAGAACUGGACGCAAACUCCACCGCCUACGCCAAAUUCAAAAAUUUUGCAACUAGCUGUACAUGCGCAGGGCAUGCCGCUGCUCCAGACCCACAAACAGCGGCAUCAGCAGACAGGUGCACACUGGAGCUAUAAUUCGACUGCAACGACUGCAAAUUCCCAUAAGCUGUCCGACAAGACUCGUGGGCUUCGCUACCAAAGCUCCAAGCUUCCAGUGCCACACAGUAAGGAGCAGCAAGCACCCGUCGAGCACCCUCCGGGAAACAGUAGUUCAGGACAGGAUGUGUCACCAGCAGAUACCUGUCUUCCACGCAUCAUUAAGCCGCGAAAGCGUCGAAAAAAGGAUCGCAAGCCCAUGGCUAGUGGUGUAUUCCUUGAAAUGGACGUGGAGGUGCAGCCAGCCACACCAUCAUCGGUAUCUCUCCCAGUUUCAUUUACGCGCAAGCCGUGCAGCUCGGCGGAAGAGUUGCUAGGUAGCCUUAAGGGCACGCCAAAUACAAGUGCUUGCCACACGGUCCCAGUUCAUCUAUCGUCACCUUCAACUAUGCUACCCUACACCCAACAACAACAGCUGCAGCUUCAACAACAUCCUGUUUCGCAGCAACACGAUGAUACCCAUGGCGUUUGCUUCUGUCGCGAUUGCGAUCCGCUGCGCUCUCUCUGGGACUAUCCACUGCGGCGUUCCCUGUCGGACUCCAGCAGCGAACAGUGCAGCGGCUCCUCAUCGACAUCGUCGAUGCACUCGUCGUCAGAUACUUCUUGCGCCAGUUCUGUCUGCUCGCAGAGCAUGCACAACAACAACAACAACAAUUUUGAUGAAACAGAGCAUUUUGCGCCUAUCACGGGAAGCAGCAGUCGCGCAAAUAUUGUUGGUGUAAUUGGUUCUCAACGCAGUGGAAACAACAGCGCCAACUCUAAUGACGUCACUGUUGCGCAAAACGAAUCGAAUGACUCCGUCUAUGGUGAUAUUUUAAGCGGCAUCAAUAUUGCCGACGAUCUCUUUGGCAACAGCAUCAAUAGCAAUACCAAACACAGCCCAUUUGGAAGGGCCGAGCGACUGUUGAAUGAAAGCAUUAAUGAGAUUUCGCGCAAAUUAAUCGAGACUUGUGCCGUCAACGAAACCGCGCCAUCCGGCCCCAUUUUUGUUGCUGCUGUCGCCAAUAGUUGUAGCAGUGACACUGGCAUAGAGAGUGCGGGGAGCUACAAAUGCGACGCGCUUGUGUUCAAUUUUGAUCAUUUAAAUCUGGCAGAUACAAAUUUUUCAUUAACGCCGCCCACAGCCUUGGAUAUUCUAUUAGAUUGCAACAACAAUAAUGGCAACAUCAAGGCAGUUGAGCAGCAACAAUUCUAUAACAAUUGCUUUGACUUGGUAUGGCGGCAACAGCGCGACGCUGACAGCAAAGAUGCAUCUGUCAAAGACGGUGGUAGCGGCAGCGACUCAAGUAAUAACAAUGCCACACCCACAUCGCUGGGUCUGGGAACGGUUGAAAAAUUAAAGCCAGCAUUUUCCACUACCUCGUGA